GACAAACUCGUAUGCCGCUUGCGGUAGGUAGUCCACGUCUUCGAGCGUUGCGUUGCAGUUGUAGCUAUGGCGUGUUUAAGUUCGAGUAGGCUCUGUGCUCGUGUUCAGGAUAAGUUAAUGUGUCAAUUUGGACAUAAACUUCGAAAACAAACUGUAUUUGUGAAACUCAAACCUCCUGGACCAUCUCCGUUGCGGACAUUUGGAAAGACAUGUCAGACUGUCACGACAUGCGGUCCGACAUGUGGAGCCGGCAGUUUACCGGUCCCCGGCGGCUUAGUGCGCCGCUUCGCCUCCAAUUUACAGAGCACAAGCACCGGCUCUCUGCCGGAUUACGGCACACAGAUCAUUGAUCCAUAUCGCUUAUUAGAAGAUGACCUUAAUGGAAUAUAUGAGGAUAUUAGAUCGGAACUAGAAAGAAACACAAACCAAUCAGAACUGAACACCAUAGCCACAUACUACUUCGACGGACAAGGCAAGGCACUCAGACCGAUGGUUGCGAUUUUAAUGGCCAGGGCUGUCAACUACCACGUUUACGGAGAGAACAGUGCACUGCUACCGUCGCAGCGACAAGUGGCGAUGAUCAGUGAGAUGAUCCACUCGGCGUCUCUGAUCCACGAUGAUGUCAUCGACCAAAGCGACUUCCGUCGCGGGAAACCCUCCGUCAACGUGCUCUGGAAUCACAAAAAGGUGGCGAUGGCCGGCGACUUCAUCCUCGCUGUGGCGUCGAUGAUGAUAGCUCGCUUGCGCAGCGAUGAUGUCACACUCGUGCUCAGUCAAGUGGUAACAGAUUUGGUGCAGGGCGAAUUCAUGCAACUUGGCAGCAAAGAAACUGAAAACGAGCGGUUCGCUCACUACCUCACAAAGACGUACAGGAAGACGGCUUCAUUAAUUGCUAAUUCUGUUAAGGCGGUCGCUUUACUGAGCGGCGCCGACGAGAGCACGUGCGAGUUGGCGUUCCAAUACGGACGGAACUUGGGGCUCGCGUUUCAGCUCGUCGACGACUUGUUGGACUUCGUGUCUUCAGCACAGGCUAUGGGCAAGCCCACCGCGGCCGACCUCAAACUCGGUCUUGCCACCGCGCCUGUUCUAUUCGCCUGCGAAAAGUAUCCGGAGCUGAAUCCGAUGAUAAUGAGGCGGUUCCAAGAGUCCGGCGACGUGGAGAAGGCGUUCGAAUUGGUCCACAAGUCUCGCGGCCUCGAGCAGACGCGUUUCCUAGCGCGCAAGCACGGCGCCGAGGCCGCGAGACUGGCGGCCGACCUGGCUGACUCGCCCUACCAGAAGGGACUAGUGCUCACCACCGACCUCGUCCUCAACAGGAUCAAAUAGCGCGCUCGCUCUUCUCGCUGCGAACGCGUAAACGUCCGACAUUGUCAACGUUGUACUUUACAUAGAUGAUUGCUGAAUGCGUGCACGACAAUUUAAGAGCACGAAUAUAUUUAUAUAAGAUACCUUUUCUGAAAAGGUGAACGUUUGUACGGAACGCGAGGACUUAACGCUUUCGUGCACUCGUUAUUAAAUACGAAACAAUAUGGUUAUUAUAUUUUUGGUUAAUCAGUCGAACUGAUUGUCAGAAAAAUAUAUAUAUUUUUAUUUAUAUAGAGUAUGCGUGCAGUUGUUUACAUGUAUUUGUUACUGUCUUAUGAUGCGAACUUCACUAUUGUGACCUGAUUUAUAUUGUAAGUGUUUUACAAUCUAAACGCUGCUUUACGUCGAACCGAGAUGUUAAAAUACAAUAGUGUUUUAUUUUUUGUUUAUAUAUAAAUGAGCGUGUAUGAUGAGUACUACGAUACCAAAUACAUCUGUACUUAGGCGUGCAGUUUCGUGCUCAAUUUAACUUAAUACAUGUAUGUGUUGUGAAAUAAAACGUAAUUGGGUUUCUUUUUUGUACAUAAUAUACCGAUAUAUAUGCAUAUUCUAAUUAAACAUAAUAUAUAAUCUUGUGCAAUCUUUACGUAGGAUUUAAUUAGACGGUACCUGUGUUAUCAAACGUUAUCAUCAUCAUCAUCACAAUAGUAAACAAUUGUUUUAUAAUUAUUAUGACGACAUUUUUUUUAAACUCCUUCCAAUCUAUAUUUCGAUUUGUAAAUAACGAGUCAUCGGAUUAGUUACCCGUGAUUUAAACUCCAAAACCAAUUACCUCAAUUUCUUUAGCGUACACGUUUUUCAAACUAGAGGUUUAUAAUAUUCUGUUUUAGUUUGUAAAAAUAAGUUUACGAUGAGGCGUGUCGUCGUGUCUAGGCAAAAUUCAUUAAAACACGUUUAGAAAGUUUUAUUAAAAACGAUAUUAGCUAAUUUAGUGAUUAGAAUUGUAAAUAAAUUUCGAUAUUAUAUAAUAUGUAUAAUCCAGUGAAAAUAUUUUGAUUAACGAUUGAGGCAUGAAUGACAAAUGUAAAACGCACCAUGAGCGCAGUAUUCCUUCAACUUUUUUAUUGUUUAAUAAAACAUAUUAGUCACUAAUAAGUUCAUUUAGUUUAGAAGCCGACGUAAUGACUGACAAUAAAAGUACCUCCAAAAAUGAUGUACCUCCAAAAAAAAAAGACUCUUGAGAUACAUUCGGGAAGUAAAGUGUGUUUAAUAUAUAUAUAAUCUAUAUUUUAGUGCAGAUACAGUGUAUGCGAUUAUGAGGCUGGAAUUAGCAGGUCUCUGGAAGACCAUGGGUCACCCGAUAGUAAACAUGGACAAAAGCACAGCGUCAUGGUGUAAGAAAGGGACGGUGUUGACGCGAGGUCGAAUUUGCCUCUUACACCUGAUGUGUACCCCCACAUACGAACAUGCUACGUGGCAAAUGAGUGGGGGAAACCCAAACCCUCCGAUGGCACCCAGAGGAUUUUGUAGGCGUGACAUUACUAGAUUUUUUUUCUUUCAACCACCACAUCGAUACUAUCGAUAUUAUUUCUAAAAAAGCAGUAAUUCCAAAAUGCACAGAGUGGAUCUAUAACUAUGACACAAAACUACAGAACAUUACACGGAAAGUUUCCUUCAGAAUCUCCCCCACGACAAAGAGCGUCGUAAUGCAUUACCUAACGACCGAAAUUUUUAAUUUUAAAGAGAUCAUCUCCCUCAUAGACACGGGAGUGGUCCCUAGAGACUGGAAAAUAAUGGUUGCCGUACCAAAGGAGCGUGAGUUUAAGGAAGUUGACGCUCUCUGUAACGGAAAGAUGACCCGAGAUAAGGGCCUAUCAGGUCGUCAACGAAAAAAACAUCUCGGCUGUCAUCUUUUAGUACAUCAAACAUCAAUCUAUGACACUGAGCGAGGAAAAACUCACCAAAACGUUAAUCCGGAUGAGUAACCUUGGAAAGGAUCACGAUUAUGUCAAUAUAGUCAUCAACUUCCCGUCACGGUGCACCCAUUUCCUGGCUGAACUUUUGACCCCCUGUUCCACAGCCUGAACUAUCUAUUCGGCUUUAAGAAUGUCUAUGGAUUCACACACACUUCCCCUCUUGUGGAAACUUUAUUAUUCCAAGACAGGUUUGCUCCUCCUAACCAGGAUGCAUAGGGCGAUCCUAUAGAGGGCCCUAGAUGCGUGAUCGUGCCGGAAGCCUGAUUAGAAGGGCUCAGGCAGAGAGGUUGAACCCUGGCCACCAUUAUGAUAAUUUUAUUGGCCGCCAACAAAUGUGACACCACGGCAUCGUUAUUGGGAUAGGGGGACAACCAAAUCAUCGUUCUCAGAAUUCCCUCUCAACAGCAUCUUGCCGAUAGGCAGUUAACCCACGAACAGUACACACAGCAGUUCCUUAGAGUCCUAGAGGGGAUUUGUGAAGAGUCGGGGAUUGUUAUUAAAGUUCCCGAAUCAUGGAUAUCAAGAAGGUUGCUGGAAUACAGCAGAAAGUAUUUCAUAGACUGUGUACAGGUGAGCAGCGCCUUGAAGAAAGUGUCCAGCUGAACUAGUGAGGCGAAUCACUCGGUUCCUACCGUAAAUACUAUCAUAGCAGGGCUCUUCUCAAGUGGGACUGCCAUCGCCGAAGAUGACGUCACUCCAAUCCCCGCCUAUAAGUUAACAAUCUUCGAGGCGACUACCACACUGGCGACAUCGACAGCGAAGACUUCCUAUAUGGUCAGGCUGUCGUGUCUGAAUGGUACAGAGAGUAUAGUUACCUCACUUCCUCUUUAGCUCUCGUAGUGGAGAACAAGUGUGUGUGGGAGCUCCCAACAGAGACAUUCUCUCUCGAUGAGUGUCACUACCAGGGCUUGCCCAUGUUGAGGGUGCUGAAAGACAUCACUCAGGUGGAGGAUAGACACCUCAUCUUACUUCUGGUGUCGGUGAAAUUCUGUUUUCGCUGGCAUCGUCAUUAGUGGCUGCGGGCAUCUAAACAAGAAUCACCUCGACUCAGUGCUUCCGCUGACAUAUAUAUUUUAGUGCAAUAAAAAGAUUCAGCAAAAGCAAUGAUAUAUGCACGUUUCUACAAUAUUACUUUUUUUUGUGGUUUGAACUUUGAUAUUGUUUGUGCUUUUGAAAUGGGUCUUGAUUUUUAGUUGUUUUCUGUAUUUUGACAUUUUUUUUGAAUGUUUUUCUUUUUCGGUCAUUACGUCGGCCGACCCAGUAAGAGGUUGUGGUGUAUGUAUUUGUACAUGAAGACAACAACGGGAGUCAAUGAAUUAUUAUAUUUAUGUAUUUAGACAUUUACCUAGUUCGUACGUUUGUAAAUAUUAAUAUUCUGUAAAAUGCAAAUCAUGAA